GCAUUAUUAAAAAAAAAAGGCAGCGGCUUUUCGCUGUUCAACCAAAACGUGCUUUUACCUCUCCCAACGACAAAAAAAACAACAAAGGUCAAACAAUUCUCAAAUCUCAAUAAAACCCAUAUAUCAAGGCUCUCAAACAUCAGCUCUCUCUGUUCAAUGGCGGCCAACAAUACAACAUGACGACUUGUAAUCCUGCGCUUCUUAUAAACCAGCCAUAUCUUCUCACUGUGACUGAAUCCCUUUGACAUUUUAGCCUAAAAAAACCCACAGCUUUAUCAGUCUUCUUAAACAAAAACAAAACCUCCAUUAAACCUCUCUCUCUUCUCUUUAUAUAUUUUCUCUUGGUUUUCGUGUUCCAUAUCCACUUUUCUGAAAGACCCAGUGUUUUUCUUUCUUUCUUUCUCUCUCUUUCUUUCCCAUUCCAAAAAAAAUACUCUGUGAAAGGUAGUAACUUGACCUUAGAAUCAACUUCAGGAUCCAUUUUUUAACUUUGCGUUUUUGUUUUUAGGUUCGAAAGACUUGUUUUUAUAUUUUGGGUCAAAAUGGGUAGUAAAUGGAGAAAAGCAAAGUUGGCGUUAGGCUUGAAUCUUUGUGCUUAUCUACCUAGAACUUUAGAUGAUGAUGAUUAUUGUUCACUUCCAUCUACUGAAAGAUUAUCUGAUGCUGCUUUGUUAUCUCCUUCAAACUGGGAAAAUAUGGCUUCUCCUAGACCAAUUACUCCUUUGCCUUCUUCUCAUGGUUUAAGGUUGUCUAAAAGUUUGUCUAGAAGUUCAAGCAAAUCAUCCAAGCAAACAUGUUCAAUAUGUUUGACCAAGAUGAAAAAUGGAGGUGGCCAUGCAAUUUUCACUGCAGAGUGCUCACAUUCUUUCCACUUCCAUUGCAUUGCUUCAAACGUAAAGCAUGGUAACCAAAUUUGUCCAGUUUGCAGAGCAAAAUGGAAAGAAAUCCCCAUGCAGAGCCCCAGUUUGGAUCCUCCCCCUGUCAGAGCAGCAAUUAAUCAUGCAGGUUGGCCACAAAAUGAUGCUUUGAUGACUGUGGUCCGCCGGUUACCUCCACCUCGUCCAGAUUUAAGUCGGCGACAUGUUGUACCAUUAUUCCAGGCUUCUGAGCCAGGCGUUUUUAAUGAUGAUGAAUACUUGGAUCACCCACCUGUGAUUGCUGAGAGUAAGAAUUCCUCAGAUGACUUGUCUCUUAGAACAAUCAAGAUCAAAACGUGCCCAGAGGUUUCAACUUUACCAAGGUCCAGUUCUUAUGAUAAUUUCACCAUUCUUGUUCAUCUUAAAGCUGCUGCAACAGAUGCAAUUCAAAAUCCCAGCAGAAAUCAUGCUAGCUUGCCUCAACUUUCUCAAAAUCCUCGUGCUCCUGUUGACCUAGUCACUGUGCUUGAUAUUAGUGGUAGCAUGGCUGGCACCAAGCUUGCAUUACUAAAAAGGGCAAUGGGAUUUGUAAUACAAAACCUUGGCUGCAAUGAUAGACUUUCAGUCAUUUCCUUCUCUUCAACUGCUCGCCGCCUCUUUCCACUUCGUCGAAUGUCUGACAUAGGACGACAGCAGGCACUUCAAGCUGUUAACUCUCUGGUUGCAAAUGGUGGUACCAACAUAGCUGAAGGCCUAAGAAAAGGUGCCAAGGUAAUGGAAGAUCGGAGGGAAAAGAAUCCAGUUGCCAGCAUUAUACUUUUGUCUGAUGGGCAGGAUACUUAUAAUGUCAAUGGUGCUGGUGCAAACAAGUCUCAACCUAAUUAUCAGUUGCUUGUCCCUCUGUCUAUGCAUGCUGGUGACAACACAGGAUUCCAGAUUCCAGUGCAUGCUUUUGGUUUUGGUGCAGAUCAUGAUGCUUCAUCAAUGCAUUCAAUUUCAGAGAUCUCUGGAGGAACAUUUUCUUUUAUCGAAACUGAAGCUGUGAUCCAGGAUGCAUUUGCACAAUGCAUCGGUGGUCUUUUAAGUGUUGUGGUUCAAGAGCUGCAAGUUGGUGUGGAGUGUGUGGAUCCAAGUCUCUCCCUUGGCCCGCUUAAAGCUGGAAGUUAUCCAAGCCGUGUAAUGGAUGAUGGAAAAACUGGAUUCAUUGAUGUUGGAGAUCUCUAUGCUGAUGAAGAGAGGGAUUUCUUGGUAUCAGUUAAAGUACCCGCAGAGUCCUCUGAAUGUGAAACAUCAUUGCUAAAGGUCAAAUGUGUUUAUAGGGAUCCCUUAACUAAAGAAAUGACAACUUUGGAGAGUGAUGUAGUUAGGAUUCAAAGACCUCAAAUAGCUGGGCAGGAAGUAGUGUCAAUUGAAGUAGACAGGCAACGCAACAGGUUCCAAGCAGCAGAGGCAAUGGCACAGGCAAGAACCACAGCUGAGCAAGGAGAUCUAGUAGGUGCUGUUUCAAUCCUUGAAAAUUGUAGAAGGAUGUUGUCCGAGACUGUUUCUGCCAAAUCCCAUGACCGACUUUGUGUUGCAUUGGAUGCUGAGCUCAAGGAGAUGCAAGAGAGGAUGGCAAGUAGGCAUGUGUAUGAGGCAUCUGGGAGAGCAUAUAUUCUUUCAGGACUGAGCUCACACUCGUGGCAAAGAGCUACCGCAAGAGGUGACUCCACUGAUGGUUCAAGUUUGAUUCAGAAUUAUCAAACCCCAUCAAUGGUUGAGAUGGUUACUCGAUCGCAGGCAAUGUUAUUGGGUAGUCCAUCAACUCAAAGGCUUGUCCAACCAUUAUGGUCACUUGGAUCACAACCAAAGCCAAGGUAAUAUUGGAAGUGAUAUGGCAAUUAUUGUCAAAUAGUUUUUCUUGAGCUUUUUUCCCUAUAUUUUGGAAAAUUUUGUUUGGGGAGGUGAUAAAGUGGAAGGAUGAGAGGGUUUUUCUGGCUGUGAUUUUGGUCCAGCCUUAAACAUGUAAAUGAAUAAGAAAUGGGAAAAGAGCAAAAGAAUAUAUUUGGGAGUAGAAAAAGAGAAGAGUAGGUAGGGUUUACACCAUUUUUGUAACUUUGUGUUGUUGGGGGGCCGGGGGUGUACAUAAAGAGAAAUGGCUUUUUUCUCUAAGGGGGAAACUGGGUUAAUAUGUUUGUAAUUGUGCAAAUGAUUGGGGUGAGCUAGUAUGUACGUGUAUAUAUAUAUAUAUAUAUAUAUAUAUAUAUAUAAUUACCUGCUUCAAUUCUUCAGCCAAUUGCAGUUAACAGAUUUGUGCCUUGUUCUGAUGCAAUCACCUCAGAAUGUUAGAAUAGAAAAUGGUCUAAUACUUGUCUACUAAUCAGUCCUGCUUGGUCGAUAACACCUUUGUUUUAUCUGUUAAAUCAGAACCUUAUUAGUAUGUUUGUUGCAUGCUGAUGGUUGAAGUUUGAAAGAGCGUAAAAUCGAAGCCAUGGAAAGUUUGCAAA